UAUAAACGCGCCGUCACGAGGACAUUUCUGUUUUGUCACUUCUAUGAGCGAUCUCAACAAAGAUAUUUCAGUAAGUAGAUCGUCUACGUUAAUUUUGAAGGACUUCUGAAAGAACGCAGUGCCAAUGUCGUUGCCGUCUGCGACGGUCCAGUCUCGCAGAAGUUAUCCUGUGCAAAAGUAUCGCGCUUGUACUAGUUGCAGUUCUGCAUGACAAAUCUUCUGCUCAAGGUAAUAAGUAAAACAGCAUGACAGAUUCCAUUUCUCAUGCUGAGCGAAUUUGCAAUGCGACUUACACUAGUGCGAUGCUUUUGCGAUGCAUAGAAGUGCAGCUAGUACUACUGCAGCCGCUUCCUCCUCGUCGCGGCGCUUGAUUUUGCCGCCGAAGAUGUUGGACCACACCACGCCAGGACGGAACGGAGCGAGCCGUGCGACGAAUUCGCCAUCCCUUGGAACGAGAUAUUUAGCGCGUCGCGUGAUCGAUGUGGGCGGAAGGGGUCGAAGCGGAGCUUCAGUGCAG